AUGCGUUUCAGUUUAACCGUUGUCCAAGUCUUCCGCAUUCUGAAUGGAAUUGAGAUUGCUGCGGCAUGUGUGAAUACGAUUUGCUCUGUUUAUUUUGUUGCCCGAACAAUCAACUUAUCAACUCUCAAUAUUAACUUGCGGCUUAUCUUGGUGAGCUUUAUUUUUUAGAUGUUCGAAUUACAGAUGUGGCUGAUUGUAAAAUAUGGGAUGAAUUGAAUUUUUAAAGUCAGAUCUUUAAUCUGCCGUUUAGAUGCUCCUAUCUUUGUAAAAAUGUUUUUUAUGUGCAAUGGCGGACUCGAUCAAAAGGAAAACAACUUUGAUUAGGAAUUAGCAGCCGUCUUUACAUUUUUUAUAAUAUUUUUUGUGUUUCUAGCUAGCUAUUUUUUGCCAUAUUUUUCCAUACAACGAAUUCCAUUUCCAGAUGGUAGAAACCAUUCUAUGUGUGUUCGUUUCGCUUGUCCAUUCCACCUCGCAGAUUACCGACGAGUCUUGGUACAGUAUCGAAAAGCGUCAAUAUUUGGCCGCCCUGAUUUUUUACGUCACCUUGCUUGCAGCCCAGGUGGCAGCAUUUAUGUUCGAUGCCAAAUACAUGUUGAUAGCCAUAGAGAGGACAAUUGCUUUCGAGGACCGGCGACGUUACGAGACAAGGGGCGGAGAGGUGGCACGGAAGUAUCUGUGGAGGACUGUAGGUUACAGCGUGUGUACGUGUAUAUAUUUAUAAAUAUGUAAAAGGCCAUCUUUUUAUCCUUUGAGACUGUAUUUUAAAUUGUAUGUUAUAUUCUCAGCAGGAACAAUACGCAACAAGCCAAAGGUCAAGAAGGUACUUUGGCGCAGUUUCUUUUUUGGUUUUGCGUUGCUGCCUGUUGUUUGUAGGCUUGUCUUCUCCACGUUGUAGUAAUAAAUAUACUGUGGGGAAAAGGAUGUUUUUCGUCAUACCCCACGACUAAAAAACGCGCUACAACUUUUCGGCUGAACGUUGGGUCUCCUCGGUUGGUCGUUGGAUGUAAGCACGGCGGAUGCUAAGAGAACGCUUUCAAUCAAUCAACGAAUCAAUAAAUUUUUUGAUUCCUUCUAAUAGGGAAAUUAUCCAUCUAAGAUUGUCCAAAAACUCUUAUUUAAUUAAGUACUUCAUUUCUGACUCCAGGACAAUUUCAGUUUUUUGUUGUCACUACUUUGACCGUGCUAAAAUGCAUCAUCAUCUACUGUAAAAAUCCUCAACUUCAAAUCGAUGCUCGGCUCCGUAGAACGUUGAUUCUCGAGUAUGAUUACGAUUGGGCAGGCCCUUCUUACUUCUGCGCUUGGCUUGCCAUUCCAUACAGUAUUUACGUAAGAAAUUUUUAUUAACACUUGACGCGUUAGAUAUGUUUAGAAAUUUUACAAGCUCCACCAAAUGACAAAUAAAAACACGGCAUUUGAAAGUCUCAGCGCGAUGUAUGAAGUUCGGAGGAUAAGGAUGACGUUGGACUACAUGAAAAGAUUGAUAUCAGUGUUUGUCGGAACUCUAUUGUUCUGCGGCUUCGUUACGUUUCUUCAGUGGUACUUCCAUAAUAUUAAGAAAGUAGCAGAUUACAGUUAUGAAAUGAGAUGUACAAGCAGUGUAAGUGUUUUUUGACCAGUGAGAUGUAAAAUAUGAAAUUGAUGAGAAUAUACACCCAGCAAGUGGCCUAUGUUUUUUGCGUUGGGUAAUGGACUAUAACCAAAGAUCGUAUGAAUGUUUUGCCAGCAUUUAAAGGGUUUCCAGGCAUCAGAAGAGAAUUUGUGGGCUAACACGCAAAUUGGGGCUAGUUUGCAAAAAAACUGAGUCUAUAACCUUCGUGUGCAGCGCAAUUAGAUUUUUCAAAUAACAUUCUUUAUUAUCAACACAAUCUAUUACUUUAUUUCAGCUUGUCUACACAAGCUUUUCUAUCUACAAUUUGAUCUGUACAUACUAUUUGGUCCACGAGUUCCCCCAAUUCCAACGAAUUGUUCAUCGCGACUUCCGAAUUCUCCGCCGGAAUUAUGUUGAAGCCGCUCCAUUGCCAACAACGGACAGAAAUCAAACUGAAUUGUAUUUCAAACAGUUCUCUGCCAUGUGGAAUAAGUGA